GUUGGGGGGGUUUUCAGUCCAGCCUCCGGUCGGUCACCCAACCGUGUACGGAGUUUUUCAGAGAGAGUCAACACAAACACACGGACAGCACCGGAGCCUCCGAGAAGAAUGUGACAGAGAAUAUUUGAUUUAAUUCUCUCUCGGCGUCGCCACGUUUGUUUUUUGUUUUUUUCUUUUGUUUUCUUUUGUUUUCUUUUGGCCACUCACAGUGUCUGAUAUAUUCCUGAAGAAGCCAUGGAGCCGAUAACGAAGUGGACGCCAAAGCAAGUGGUCGAGUGGAUGAAAGGUCUGGACGACAGCUUGCAGCAAUACGUCGGCAACUUCGAGCGGGAGAAGAUCAGCGGGGAGCAGCUGCUGAAGAUCACGCACCAGGACCUGGAGGAGCUCGGCGUGGCCAGGAUCGGACACCAGGAGCUGGUGCUGGAGGCCGUCGACCUGCUCUGCGCUCUGAACUAUGGAGUGGAGACGGACAACUUGAAGAAUCUGGUCGUGAGGAUGAGAGCCGCGACCAACAGCCUGCACAUGGCCACGUCCGACCGCAGGAAGAGCCCCGCGUACGACGGGAGCACCUCGCGCAAGCCGCCCAACGACUUCCUGACCUCUGUGGUGGAGCUGAUCGGCGCCGCGAAGAGCCUGCUGGCUUGGCUCGACAGGACGCCUCUUACAGGGAUCAGUGACUUCACAGCCACCAAGAACAAGAUCAUUCAGCUGUGCCUGGAGCUCACCACCACAGUUCAACAGGACUGCAGUGUUUACGAGAUGGAGGAAAAGAUCCUGGAAGUUUCUAAGAUUUUGAACAACAUCUGCGAUCAGACCGUGAGAACCACCUCUGACCCCCUGAUGAGCCAGUCCGCCUGCCUGGAGGAAGUGCAGCUGACCGAUAUCAAUCCAGGCGAGGGUCUGGGAAUGUACAUCAAGUCGACAUAUGAUGGGUUACAUGUCAUCACUGGAACCACAGAGCAUUCGCCUGCAGACCUGACGAGGAAGAUCCACGCAGGGGACGAGGUGAUCCAGGUUAACCAGCAGACAGUGGUGGGCUGGCAGCUGAAAAAUCUUGUUUUCAAACUGAGGGAGGACCCUAAAGGCGUGGUUCUACUUCUUAAGAAGAGGCCCACAGGCACAACAGGUUUCACCCCUGCUCCACUUAAGAACAUGCGCUGGAAGCCUCCAGUACCUCAGACUAAUUCCUCCCUGAUCAGAGCCCAGUCUCCAUGCGGCUCAGCUAAUGGGUCGACCAAAAAGGAGAAGCCAGCUAUCUUGGACUUGUACAUCCCCCCUCCUCCUCCAGUGCCCUACACCCCACGAGAGGCGAGAACGGAAUCCUUCUCCAGCAUUGCUAAGAAAACAAAGGGCUCUGAGUCACCCAACUCCUUCCUGGACCAGGAGAGCAGACGGCGCUGCACAGUCGCCGAUUAUGACAAGUUGAGCGUUGGCUGUCCCAUCGAGGCCAACGUGAUACAGCCCAGGAUGAGGGAGCAUAAGCCCUCGCGUGGUAAGCCUCGGCCACUGUCCAUGCCAGCGGACACCUGCGUUGGAAUAUAUGAUCCUUAUGCUAAACCCUGGGCUCAUGGAAGGAAAGGUGAAGACCUCCUGUACAGAUACCUGAGCAACGAGCGGAUCCCCACCAUCGCCGAGGAGGCGCCCGCGGUGUCUCCGCCCUACAGGCCCGCGGGGGAACGCCACCUCGUCCGUGUGGACCACAUCCGGGGCAGCCGCUACUACUCCAACUCAGACCUCCACAACAGCGCCACCAUCCCCUACCAGGACGACGUGAAAAAGGCCCCCGUAGCCCCCAUCUCCAAGCGCACGUCGGCAGAACGCUCACUACUGGGAUCUGACUGGCACUCUAGCAGUGACUUCCUCAACCGGUAUAACCAGCCGCACAUACGAUCCUGGUCCUUCUCUCAAGCUGCUGCCUUCCCCAUUUCUGUGACCCCUUCUAUGGCUGCCGAUGAUUACAACCCUGUCUCCCUCCGACACAAGUCCAAGAAGAAGAGCCGAGGAGGCAAUGGCACAAUGAGCAGAAGACGGAUCUCGGUCAAAGAGCUGGGUCAGCCGGACCAUCAGGGCUGGCUGUACCGGAAGAAAGAGAGCAAAGGCUUCCUGGGUAUCAAGUGGAAGAAGUACUGGUUCGUGCUGAAGAGGACGGCCCUGUACUGGUACGCCAACCAGUUGGCCGAGAAGGCGGAGGGCUUCAUCGACCUCACCAACUUCAUGAUAGACAGAGCCAUCGAGUGCAAGAAGAAACACGCGUUCAAAGCCUGUCACCCGCAAGUGAUGAUGUUUUAUUUCGCUGCCGAGAGCCAUGAGGACAUGAAUGUGUGGCUGAACAAACUUGGACUAGCCGCCAUUCAGUACGAGCCAGCAGAACGAAAUGCAGCCGAGUGUUACAGUGAAGCCAGUGACCACGAGGAAGCUGAAACACCUGAGAUCCCCCCUCCGCCUUACUCUGAGCAGACCCUGCGGGACUCUGUGGAUGCAGCGGGUCCACCCGGUAGCACACAUCAGGGUACCCUACCUCCACCUUACUCCUCAGCAGUACCCAGCGAAGCCAACGGUUCACUCUCCUCGCCCGUCAGCACCAUGACAUCGCAGAGCUCCGCCUCCUCCCUCGCCAAGCAGCGCCAGUCCUGGUUGGACCUGGUCUCCCAGGCGACGCCCGCCUCCGGGGAAACGGCAGUGGUGUGCUCGGCCCAGGUCCACUCGCAUCGACCUCCUCCAGAGGAGACGGAAGAGGAGACGGAGAGUUCGAUUCCCUCGGAAGCGGUGUCACAUGAGGACAGCUCGGCAACGGACGGGGACGAACAGGGGGACGUUUUACCUGCUCCAGACAAAGGCCCUCUUGGGAAGAACUCAGACGAGAUGGAGAAGCUGUACAUUCAUCUCAAAGAGGCCAGCCUCUCGCCACUAGGAGAUCGUAAACCAUCCACCAAAAGGGAAUUCAGAGCCUCCUUCAUAAAACGCUGUAAAAAUCAAACCGUCAAUGAUAAACUGCACCUUAUCAGGACACUCAACAGCACAUUAAAGUCUAAAGAGGCGGACUUGCUGACCAUAGAACAGAUACUCUCGGACCCAGAGCUUACCUCGGACAAGUUCAGAAAGUGGAAGGAGGCCAACGCACCCUUGGUGCAGGAGAUCUCCAUCAAAAUGGUGGCAUCAGAGGCUACGAAGGUGGUGGAGACCAGCCUAUAAAGACUAGCUAUGACUCUUUUUACUGUGUUUGGAGUCGGAAGACAUCACAGUCUCGUACUUUGGAUCAGACACACUGCUGGGAUUCAGUUGAGACCUCUGGAUAUUAAACUGCUGUUGAACAAGUAACUGGAUCAAGGAAGAGUUUGUAAGUGGAGAUGCAGACGUUAAAUGACAAACAGCUCACACUGAAAUGUGAAAUGUGUCUUAGUAUUACUUUUACUGUUUAAUUUGUAGGAUUGGCAAAUUUUACAGCCGAUUAUGUUGAUGUUGUAAUCCUGUGAACUUGUGCAUAAACUGUUUUAAUAUUCGGAAUGAUGGAGUACGUUGGAAUAAUGGAUCCAUUGUUCUCUUCGUGGAAACACUUGUUUUUACAGUUGUUUUCAUCAACUUUUGAGUUUUCAUCUGUAGUGAACAAUUAGUUUUUGUUUUUUUACAGUUUUUAAACGGUUUACAGUCAAUUAUUGGUGCCAUGCACCGCCGCUGCCUGUUAGCACAUGUUAGCACAUGUUUUACAGCAACUGUUGUGAAUGAUCUGUGUGCGUUGUUGACCCGAAAUAACGAUGAUCUUAUUAGGGAGACUUUACUUUUUCAGACUGAACACUUGGGCCUUCAACAGAAUAAAUGUUGCUAACAAAUCAUGAAAAUGUCAGACGAGUGAAAUAAUUGUUGCUGUAACACAAUUUAAAGCCAAGAUACGCGAUAGCCGACUUUUUUUAGUAGAGAAGACUAAUGGUCUGUUCUUUUGAUCCAAAACAGACUCUUUAAAAAUGAAGAAUUCUAACCUAAUUGUAAAAAAACCUUUGACUACGAACCUUGACAGUAUGAGACAGUUUAAUUUAUAUUUUUCUCCACAUGUAAUAAAGACUUUAUUACUAACUGAAUCAGCUGGAUAUGUGGCAUGUUGAACUUGAAGCGGGAUGUUGCAGUAUUCAUUUGCAUAGAAAUGCAGAAUGCAUGGUGGAUCAUUCUCAGGAAAAACUCCCCAGGUCCAUACGAACAAGUCCAGUAGACCCAGCAGACCCUGUACUGAUUACAGAUGAAUGGAUAACGAGGUCUGGCAUUAUGUGACAGUAGAACAUGGAUGCAUGCAAAGAUGCUUUUUUUUUUUUUGUUAAGUUUGUUAAAUAUUAACUCGGUGUAAAUAUUUGUACAUGGAUUUGUGAUGUCAAUUCUCUUUGUUUCUCGUAAUUCUCAUAUGAAAGUUAUCGUUCUUGUUUGUAUACAGGGAAAUAAACUAUUGCCACUAAAGUGAA